UUCAACUCACGAGCCGGAAAUCGGGACUAUGCGAGUAGACGAUCUUUGGCCGUGAUGCGUCACUACUUGGUCUGUUAAAACCUGAGAAAGUAAGAUUUCCACUCCUCUUGGGUUGAGAAAGAGGAGCUAUGGAACAGCGUGCUGGCCUCUUUCACUAAGUCCAAGUAGUGUCCCAAGCGUGGAGGCUUUUUUUACCAUCUUGAGAAGUGUUCCGGGAACGACAAUCAUGAGGGAAGAUCUAUGCAACCCAAAGCUCAUGUUAAGCCAUGGACAGUUUGAUUAAGAGAGGAAAACAACGAUAAAAAAAGAAAAAAAAACAUCUGGCUGCGUGAGCCUGUCCAGAAGGCAUGUGAUGCUUACUCAUGUCCAGGAGUCCUUUGUCGUCUUUGCAGGCAUUUGAGCUUGGCAUGCAGUGAUGGUUGCUCAUCCUCAGCAGCAAAUAGCAAGAACUUCCUCUUCAAAUCAAUCUAGGAUAUUCCCAAGUUUAUUCGAUUUGAGCUGACAUAUCCAAAAACCUCAAAAGUCUUUUUCAACGGUUAAAAAAAUUGUCCGAGUCUCCAUUUGGUGUGCAAUGCUGAACAACAAAUCCCCACGCUGGGAAGGCGGAUGCCCCCAGGCACCCACACCUCUCAGUUUGUCGGUCAACAUAGACCCGAAAACUGUUGUGACCAUUCAAGUGCCUUUUCACAACCCAGAGCGCGUUAAAUUUCCUGCCUCCUUAUCCGCUCAGGAGCAAGGGAACAUCACCAAGACCCAAGCCUCCAUGCCAAGCCAGCCGUUGAAUUUUAAUGACAUUCCAAGUGCAAUCAAGAUAACUGGGGCGAUGCCAGUCGGAAACUGCAUCAUGGACACUGGCGACCAUUCUUCGUUCAUCCUCAAAAGGGAAAUGUUGAAGUUUCCGACUGCUGGCACCUUGCAUUCAAUCCAAGGAUGUCUUUCUAUGCAGCCAAAUAUGUUUGAGCUUGAAGCUACAGAACUUUCCUCUACACCAUCAGUGCCUUGUAUAUGCAUUAUUCCUUGUCAAGACCAAGAUGCAAAGAUGGGAAAGGAUGUCUCUAGCGUUCAUGCCCAAGGGGAAAUGAGCAAGAGCCGUCCGGUGAUUUAUUCCAAAAAGCGGACCUCAGUCGCGAAGUUCAAUCCCACACCAAACAGACAUGCUAAAUUAGCUCUGAUAAACAAUCCUCUUCAAGUCAUUGGUGUUUGUCCACCGCUAAUUAGUGUCAAGCCUUUAUUGGUGACAGGUUCAGAUGCAAAUGAAAAAUGCACACAAACUGAACUGGACAGAAUUGAAACUUUAUGUGGGGAGCUCAACAGUCACAUGCCAAGUUCUGUUACUGUCAGUCCUACACAAAAGGACCAAGAUGGAUCACCAUAUACGCUCCCAGGUGAUCUAAUGUGCUCAGUGACCAAGUUCGAUGACGUACAGCUGACACAAGUUGACUGCGUCACAUCUAUGUUCUUGCCCUGCACUCCCUCUCAGUGUGAAGCAAGAGAUGAUCGUAGGUCUUCCAGCUCGGAGUGUGUAAUGCAAGUGGAUAGCAGUUGUAGUGAAGAGGAGCUGCCUUACGAGUUGGAGAACGCCUGUAGUGAUGAUGAUAGUUCAGAGUUGUCGUCUGUCCAUGGGACUUCAUCCGCUCUGUCGCUUGUGCGCCUGUCUAGUGUUGAAGAGCCCAUGUCUGAAGAGAAGGACAGUCAGGAGAAGAAACCGGCUCUCGUUCCCAGCCUGUUCCCGUUCAUCCCCCCCACACUCUAUUUCAGUACUAUCAAUGAACAAGUUGAAAUGCUCCCGAAAGAGCAGAUGCGACUUUUAAAAUGGAAGAUGAGCACUGUCACACCCAAUGUUGUGAAAAAUGCUGUCGCCAGGUCGCACUUCACAUACACCAAAAAAAGCCACGACUGGUUAGGCUGUUGGGGCCACCACAUGAAGUCUCAUUGUUUCAAGACUCUUCAAGAGCACCAGAAAUUGAACCACUUCCCAGGAACCUUCCAGAUUGGCAGGAAAGACAGACUGUGGAAGAAUUUGUCCAAGAUGCAGAGUCGUUUUGGCAAACCGGAGUUCAGCUUUUUCCCACGCACUUUUGUCCUUCCCCAGGACAUUCUACAGCUACGGAAAGCCUGGAAAGAGGGGUCCAGACAAAAGUGGAUCAUCAAACCUCCUGCUUCAGCUAGAGGAAUAGGAAUACAGGUCAUUCACAGGUGGAGCCAGAUGCCACGCAGGAAGUCACUUCUAGUCCAGAAGUAUCUCCACAAGCCCUACCUCAUCGGUGGGAACAAGUUUGACCUGCGCAUCUAUGUCUAUGUGACAUGCUACGACCCACUCAGAAUAUACAUCUUCUCAGAUGGACUGGUCCGCUUCGCAAGCUGCAAGUAUUCGCCCUCCAUGAAAACACUGAGUAACAAGUUCAUGCAUCUGACGAACUACAGCGUCAACAAGAAAAAUGCUGAAUACCAGGCCAACAGUGAUGACAAAGCCUGCCAGGGACACAAAUGGACACUGAAGGCCUUGUGGAAGUAUCUUGGCUGCAGAGGUGUAGACACAAUUGUGAUUUGGGAGAAGAUUAAAGAUAUUGUCAUCAAAACGAUAAUUGCAUCAGAACCGUAUGUUAACUCUCUACUUAAGAUGCAUGUGCGCUCACCGUAUAGCUGCCACGAGCUGUUCGGCUUUGAUAUCAUGCUGGAUCAAAACCUAAAACCUUGGAUCCUAGAGGUCAACAUUUCACCCAGCCUCCAUUCCAACACAGCGCUAGAUGUUGCAGUCAAGAGCCAAAUGAUCCGAGACCUCUUGAAUCUGGCGGGCUUCCGUAUUCCUCAACAUGAGGAAGAAGUUGUCUUAGGUGGAAGCACCUCCAGCUCCAAUAGCAGUCUGUGUGGCGUGAGUAAGGAGAUGACUAAUCUGGAGGUCUCAAUCGAUGAAAAGGCCAAACGGGCUUUUUACCUCAAACAGCGCUUUGCUGACCAGCGUAUCCUGGCAACAGUGUUGGAUGUUUUGACUCCCAACGAUGUCCGUGUGCUCGCCGAGAGCGAAGACGAGUUGAGCCGCCGUGGAGAAUUUGAGCGCAUUUUCCCAUCGGCUUCCUCAUCCAAAUACCUACGAUUCUUUGAGUCUCCGAGGUACCUCAGCAUUGUGUUGGACCAGUGGGAGCACAAGUACUGGAACAACAGGACUAAAGGUAUCAAUCUGCUUAGGCCUUUGUGUCAGAAGGGAGUCCAUCUCGGUAGCACUGAUCCCGCUCACAUUUGGUCGACAUAUUGCCACAUCUCUAAGUUUGAACGUCACAGAGAAUCACCUCUCACUCCAUCUAAAUCCAGAGUUGUGGUCAUCCACCAGUCUGAUCAAAUGGAUAUGGAAAGGGAGGCCUUUGUUUCCAGUCCGCCCACUUUGCAAAGUCCAGGAUCCAGUGCCGCCAGCAGCACCUGUGCCAGUCCACACCCCAGCCUGUGAGGCCUUGCACACCACUUACAACAACACGCGCAGGGUCUGGUCUGGUUAUGUCCUCACCACUGAUCACAUCAAGCCAGAAUGAUCUCAAUAUUAGUCUCAUACAUGCACACAAAAACAAUUUUAGUUUCUGAACAAGUUGGAGCAGCUCUUGAACAGGCACAUACCUGUGAUAGUAUUUAAUCUGUUGUUCCGCUGUGCAAGUGCAUUUAUUUUAUAAAUCAGAAAAUUGCUGCAAUCUUCAUUGACGUGUUUAAAAUGGCCCAGAAACGAAAUACUUAAACACAUCAAUUGAACUGCGAUGCUAAGCACAGUUUUGUUAGAUUCAUAUUAAACAGUUGACAGUGAGCUUUGUAAGAUGAUACGAAACUAGCUGCCUAUUCUGAUUCUUAGCAGUCUUACUGUGUUGUUAUCAGGAGUAAAUGUUUACAUUUGGAGUGAUUUAUUGACAUUUUCAAGAGCUAACAACAAAUUCUGACUCAAACCUGACUGGUUCCCGUAGAAGUAGCCUUUAUGACUCACCUGUUGCUGCUUCACUCAUCUGGUCACUGCUAGGUACUGAUACAGAAGUCAAAUAUCCAUUUUGAUAGAGAAUGCUGUUUAAUAGGUCUUAAAUUAUUAACCCUGUUGAAAGUUAGGUGUCCUGUUUGUCAAAGGUUUAAGUGAGCUUUGAUGUUGAAAAGAUGAACGUAGGACAUUGAUUUCUUUUGGAGCACAAUGUGAAAAGUUUUAAGAACAACUUGAAUUCUUAAUCAGUUGAAUAAUACAAGUCUUUCACCAGAGCCAGAUGCAGACCAUCUUUCGAAUUUAAAGCGUUAAGACCUACUUCCAGUUAUUGGCCAACCAUCUGGGGUUAUUUUCUUGCCGUGGCAAAAUAAUACUUUAUGGACUGUGAGACCACAUUCAGAAUACGUAUUUACGCAUACUGUACUAAGCAAAUUCCAACCUUCUUAUGUCUGAAGGACAGUUUAACAUCGUACAAUUAUAAAUGAUGCAACACAUACCGUAUUAAAAAUAUUUACAAUAGUUUUCUGCCACUUUUCAUGAAACCCCAGUAUGACGCUGUUAAAUUACGGUGAAGAUCUGACUGAAGCUGCUGUUACAGUAAUUUCUGCCUUUGAGACAUAUUUUGUACAUAGAGCACACCCAAGUCUUUAUAGAAGAAUGACAUUCAAACAACCUUGAAAUUCAGUCUUUAUGACCACAGAAAUUGCUUAGAUUUAUAUUGGAUAUUAAUGCUGCCAAUGCUAAAUUAGCUGUAGCGUGGUUAUUUGCCGUGUGUUUUACAAGGGUAGUAGUAUCAGCGUCUGCAAAAAACAGCCCCUCCUGGACUUGUUUUUGUCUACCUCUCGGAUUCAACUUGAUUUAUUCUGGUUUUUAUAAUGAAAGGUUUGCAUAUAAUCACUGAUUAUUUGUGGCGUCACUUUCCAUUUAUCGCACUGUUUCUUAUCGUGACGCUGCCUGGCAUUGGAGUCGAAGAAAUGGCACAUCAAUUGCCAGGUUUAAAAGAAGUACAUGUUAAUAAUGUUGAGGAGGAAAAGUUAUUUGUUCCUAACACAAUUGGAGUGUAAUAUAACUGAUAUUGUAAAAAAAAAAAAUUACUAACUGGACAAAUGUAGCAUUUUUAAGGGCUUGAAAACAUUGCUCAGGUUAUCACUUUCAAAAUAAAAGUUACUUUGGAAUA